AAUAUAUUAUACUCUGCCAAACAAAUAAAUUGCACUUCCGGGUUGUCCACGUUAACCUAUUUUCACGUAAUAUUCCAAAAAGGAAUAUUAUUUAAUACAGAGUCAAGCUGGUUUCUUUGGUGAGUUGUGUGUUACGAGGACUAACUGCUGCCUCAACAGUUGGACGUAUAUCUUUACGAAGUAUUCAUACCUCGAAUAUCAUGGCCAAAUACAAUGUAUUAUUUGUGCUGGGUGGACCAGGGGCUGGUAAAGGAACACAAUGUGACCUUAUAGUUAAGAAUUACGAUUAUAAACAUUUGAGUGCAGGGGACCUACUGAGGGAGGAAAGACAAAGAGCCGGGUCACAAUAUGGGGAGGAGAUUGAGGGCCAUAUACGUGCUGGUACCAUUGUACCAGUAGAAAUAACUUGUUCCCUGCUUCAACGUGCAAUGGAAGAUAGUGGCAAAAAGAAUUUUUUAAUUGACGGUUUUCCAAGGAACAAAGAUAAUUUGGAUGGAUGGAAUAAAGCUAUGGACGAUGUGGCAACUGUAAGACGUGUGUUAUUCUUUGAUUGUCGUGAGGAUGUGUGUGUAGAUAGAUGUUUAAAUAGAGGUAAAACAAGUGGCAGGUCUGAUGACAAUAUGGAAAGCUUAAAAAAGAGAAUUCACACAUAUAACAAUUCAACUAUGCCAAUUAUAGACCAUUAUAAAGCUCUAGAUUUAGUGAGUCAUUUACAUGCAGAAAAAACACCAGAUGAGGUUUUUGACGAUGUCAAGAAAGUUCUAGACGAGUUGAAGUUAUGAAGGACUUAGUGCGGAUUUAUUUAUAUAUUUUUUCUUAUCAAAUGUGGGACUUUUAAUAUGUAGUACAUGUAUGAUGAUUUUUAAAAAGAAACUUUUUAUUAGUGCUUGCACAGUGAUUGUGUUAAGGUAGAAAUUUAUAGUUUGAGGGCGGCUUUUAUAACAUAUGCUACGGAAUGUCUUAAUCUACCUCUCACAGUCUAUCUAAUUCUUUCCUUGCAUUCUGAUGACAAAGUGAACAAUUCAAUAUAUUGCACUACUUUUAAGUAAGUAAAACUUCCUUGGCCUUUGGACACAGGCUUUAAAUGCCCAUUUCAUGCUUCUGAAGAUUUUAAUGCAGGAAAAAAGGUGCAUUAACACUCUAAUACAUAUUCUAACAAUUAAGUUAUCAAGCAAUCAAGUGCAUAUUACACGAUAUAUGCACAGCAAAUAAAAAAAUAUGCUUACAUGUCUGAUAUGACAUCAAUGAACUAAAUGCUUCAGGAAAAUUACUUCUAUGCUAAAUAUAUUCCAACAUAUUUUUAUCAAUUGUCAUUUUUAUUAGCAAGUUAGAAUGGAAAUAGGUAUUAAUUUUUUCUUGCAUUAUAGUAUAAUAAUGCACAGUUUACCGUUCAAAUGCUUUGAAAUUAAUUACUCGGGGUCUAUCGGCCUUUACGAUUAUAUUCCUCCACAUUUGAACUUAAACCAUGCAUUAUUCUACAAUGCACUCAAAAUUGCUAUCUAUUUCCUAAACAAUAUAAAAUACAUCUGCCUAGAUUUCAAUAAGUUUACUAUAUUGAAUUAGUUCAAUAUUCAUCUAGAUGCAAGAACGAUACAAUAUAAAAGUAGCAUAGACAAGUCAGUAUUGCAGCCAGCAUUCUUAAACAGUUUAAGUAUUAAAAGACAGUGUGAUUGCUUUACAAACCAAUGCUGGACUCUAUAAAUUACAUUGUAAUUGAAAACAAUUAAGGAUAAAUAUAUUAUGUACAUGUUUUGUAAAAGUUAUUUUAAUGAAGUUUAUGUGUUUUAAAUUGAUCCAUUACAACCAAGUGCUUUCCUAUUUUAAUCAGGUUCAGUGCUUUUGAAUUUUGAAAACAUUGUUGGGGGGGGUAAUUGAUGCAAUAAAGUGUGUCCCACCUUUGUGAAUAUAUACAAAGUUUGCUGUGUAAAAUUACAUUUUUGACAAUAUUUUUGUACAGCUUGAUUGUUAACACAUACAUGACAGUAACUAUCAUUGAGAAAAGAGAAAAUAUUGAAAAUAUGGAAAAGAGGACAGCUAAAAAAAACUUAAACUAAGUUUUUGUUAGAGAUAAAGGAAAGUGCAUCAUGUCUCAAAGCUAAAGAGAUAUUCAGUCUUUAAAACAGUAUUUGAUUUUCAACAAGGUUGAAGUUAGGAAGUCAAAGUUUUCCUUUAAUUUUGUAGUCUGUAAGAGUUUAGCAUUGCUCAUCAGAUAUUAACAUAGACCCAGCAUGGUCACAGAAUAAAGGUUUAUGUUACUGAUCUCUGUGGCUGUAGGUUUGAAUCCCUCUUCAGAGAACUGAGAGCAUGUUGGUUCAGGUAUGUGUCCACCCUUAGUUUCCUGAGAGGAAGAUAUCCAGCUAAGCAUAACACAAGGUGGAUAUACCAUGCAUGUCUUAGUGCAUUAAGUGUGUUACAUGAUUUACUGUUGUGACUUUUAUGUAACUCUCUUCAUUAUGCGGAAAUCAAUUAUGACCUUCGCUCUCCCACCCUGAAAGAAAUGGCGACUUUGUAUUAUGGAUUGUUGUACCCCAGCCAAAAUCCAAGCAAUAUGGGGAAAGAGAGAUCAUAAAUUCCACACUAAAUUCCUCUGUACUGCAAUGUUUCCCUGCUUCAGAAUAGUUUGGUGCCAGAACAAUAUGGCCACAUGAAUCAGAAGUGUAAAUUAAGCCUAAGGUAAAUAAGUGGCUCAUUGGCCCCACUAUCUCCCAGGAUUGGGGGCAGCAUUUAGGUCCCCAGGAUCUAAGUUUGGGGAAGAGGGCUUGUGUCCCCACUAUCUACUAGUUGGGUUGGCGGCAUGGGUCUCAACUGUCUUCCAGGAGUGAGGGAGGAGACUUGGGUCCCCACUAUCAUCCAGAAGUGGGGAGUGGGCUUGGGUUACAAUUGACCGAUGCAUUACUAAUUUCAAAGGCACAUAACUCUUUAUCUUUUUAUCUCAAUUUUAAACCCCAUUUUUGUAAGCUUUUUAUAGUUGAUUUUGUUAAGAAACAUUGUUUCACAAGCUGAGUUGAUUUUGUUAAGUAUGUUUUUUCACAAGCUUAUUGCUUUUGUAUUAUUUAUUUGUAAAAAUUAUUAAUUAUAUGAAGAAAUCUGAAAUGUUUGAAGAACAUUGUAGAUGCUUAGAAUUGUUUAUAGUAAUACUAUUCAAUGUAUUUUUUCCAAUAUUUUGAUUCGUUAAAGUGGGAUAGCUUUGAUAGGGAAAUGGUACUACUUAGUAAUUUGUUAGUAGUUUGUUAAAUAGUAAAAAAAUAAGUAGUCAACUGCAAAUUCUAUAAUUCCCUUUAAUAUACCAACAUAGUAGUUUGUUAGAAGUUUUGUGAAACAUUUUAAAGUAUUUUUUUUUAUUAUAUUCUUUAAGUAAGAUUAUAAAGUAUGUAUUCUUCACAAAACAAUGGGAUAUGUAAGUGAUUGAUGAAUAGAAAAUAGAAUGAAUCGUAAAAAAUGAA